CCUACCGCUUGGUAACGAGAAACGCGUUCCUCUCAAUAAGAAAACCAAGAUGUCGACUGACGGCAACCCAACCGGUACGGCGGCAAGGACAGAGCCAAGACGACUGAGAGGACUCAAAGCCACCGCCACCAGCUGUAUCGCCUCCGUUCAGCGCCCUGGCCUUGUCGCCGCCGCCGACGAGGAUGGUUGUAUUUGUUGGUUUGAUUUGCGGUGCAAGGACGUGUUAUCUACUAUGAAUGUAGGGAAUCACAACCCAAUUACUUCAUUGUGUUUCAAACCAGGUACGGAAGAUAUCAUUUAUGCAUCCUCAGGAAAUGAAGUCAAGUGUUUUGAUGUGCAUAUGGCAGCUUCAUGGAAGCAGCUAGAAAGUUACAACUAUAACAAGGACGAGAUAAAUCAGAUUGCUUGCCAUUCAAAAUCAUCUUUUCUAGCUGCUGCUGAUGAUUCUGGAGAUGUAAAGAUCUUUGACAUGCAUCAACAGUGUCUUUACAAAACACUAAGAGCUGGCCAUGAGAGUAUUUGUAGCAGUGUUCAAUUCCUUCAUUGGAGACCUUGGGAAGUCAUCACUGGUGGUCUUGAUUCAAAGCUUGUGAUGUGGGACUUCUCCAAAGGAUGUCGAAACAAAAUUCUGGACUUUGGAUUACCUGAUGCAGGCAGUAGAGAUAGCACUGGCCAAUUAUUGAACCUAGCAUUUAUUCAUGCUCUAGCAGUUCCGCAACUGGAUAUGGUGGAUAAAUUAGGCAAGAUUUGUGUGGUGGCUCGGGGUGAUGGUGUUGUCAGUGUGAUAAAUACUGAAUCAGAACUUGCUGCUUUCAAGUCAAAAAAUUCAUCAAAGAAGGGUACUAAAUCGACCUCUAAAAGUAGUGCUUCAACUUCUGAUGCCCAAAGCCAAGAUCAAAAUUGUCCAAAGCUGCACUUGGAUUACUCUAUGGGAGGGCACACUGCUGCAGUAUCCUGCGUGGCAUUUUCGAUGUUUGGAGAGAAAGGGAAGUUUAUCCUCUCUGGUGGAAAUGAUAAGUCAGUAAAGCUGUGGGAUUGUUUCAAAUCUAUUGAUGCCGGGCAGAUUAGCAGCGGCAACGAUCUUCUAACUUUAAACAUCAACACGAGCAAAAAAGUCAAUUGGCUCUGCACGACUACAUCUGAUUCGGAAAAUCUAGUUGUAUGUGAUACAUCCAAACUAGUGAAGGUUUAUACUGUUGGGUGAACGUUUGGAUAUCAAUUCGUGCAAAUUGUUUAAAAGGUGAGGCUGGCGAGGCUUAUCAGGACUGCAAGACCAAAUUUGGCAGAUAAUUGUGCUUCCUGUGCUUUACCUUGGGUCGUUGCAUCCUGCUGCACAUAAUAGUUAUGUCCUGAGGCCAUCGUAUUUGUGCUUAAUAUUCAUAAAUAGGCAUACAAGAUCUGUCGUUAUGUCAAUUUCAGUGUCGAGAAAACAGUCAUGAAGAUUCAAGUGCUGCAAAAAUCGACAUUGAGGGCUCGUAUAUUUGGAAAAAUUGAUUGUAGAACCAAGUGCUUGUUCAUGUGAUUAGUCACACUUGGCUUUUGUAAUUGCUCCAAAUCAAGAAAAGUUUAAAUGAACUUUGAAGUCACUUA